AAAGAGACUCCAGUUCCUUCCCAUUCUCUGAUUCGAGCAACGAAGGAAGCAAUCAUACGAUCAUGUCUCGUUUAAUCCAUUCCAGAUUAUGCCCUUCCAGAUUUUUCAAUACAUUGGGUUCAAUUCGAAGAGGAAGAUAUUUGUCAACAGAAUCUAAUAAGAUUGAUGAACCACUUAAAGUAGAGGAAGCAGAACCAGUAAAUGCUCCACCUCCUCCGGCAGAAAAGUUACUUGUGCUGGGUGGAAAUGGAUUUGUUGGCUCACACAUAUGCAAAGAAGCGUUGGAACGUGGCCUGUCGGUUGCGAGCCUUAGCAGAUCUGGCAAGUCAUCUAUCCAAGAACCAUGGGCUAGCAAAGUAAGUUGGCAUCAAGGAGACUUGCUGUCAGGUGAUUCAUGGAAGGAGGCACUCGGUGGAGUCACUUCUGUUAUCUCUUGUGUUGGUGGUUUUGGUUCCAAUUCCCACAUGUACAAGGUCAAUGGAACUGCAAACAUCAAUGCCGUUAGAGCUGCUGCCGAAAAAGGGAUUAAGAGAUUCGUCUACAUAUCUGCUUCAGACUUUGGUGUGGUUAAUUACUUGCUACAAGGAUAUUAUGACGGAAAGAGAGCUACUGAGACAGAGUUGUUAACAAGGUUUCCAUAUGGACAUGUGAUUUUGAGGCCUGGGUUCAUAUACGGAACUCGUCGAGUCGGCAGCAUGAAGUUGCCUCUAGGCGUAAUCGGUUCUCCACUAGAGAUGGUUAUGCAAUAUGCAAAACCGUUGAAUCAGGUCCCGAUUGUUGGUCCGCUGUUGACUCCUCCGGUGGAUGUUAAAGCGGUAGCAAAGGUUGCGGUCAGAGGGGCUACUGAUCCGGUCUUCCCUCCUGGCAUUGUUGAUGUGUAUGGAUUACGACGUUACAGCAAGCAGAAGACCUUCUAAUAAACAUAUAUACAACUUAUUUACUCGAGCAUUAGGCAUCGUUUCUGUUGUCGGAUCUUUUUCUUCCACGUUGAGUUUAUUGAUAGAGAAAUCGGUAGUAUUGCUUUUUACGUGUCGCUUAUCGAUCUUCAGGUGAAUAAAAGAAAGGAAUCGAGUCUUGCAAAUGCGCUUGGCUGGUAUCGGUUUAAAUAUGGUAUCAUUUUGUUGCUUCUGCUUCGUUGUGUUUUUUUUGAAGUAUAUAAUAUUUAUAUAUGACAGACAGGUAUACACAUUUCUCAUAGGUAAGGUUUGAAUCACCCAAUGAUCCUUUUGGUUCUUAUAUGUGUUUCCGA